AUGCCCGCGCCCCUCCCCCGCAUCGCCUGCUUCCACGGCUCCGGCUCCAGCGCCGCGAUCUACGAAAUCCAAUGCUCGUUCCUUGCAACGCUCCUCGCAAAGCAAUUCACGCUCGAGUUCUUUAAUGGCCCGUUUCCGCGCUCCGCUGGCCCGGGCGUCCUCCCCGCGUUCGCAGACUACGGCCCGUACAAGUCCUGGUUCGAGCCGGAGUCCGAUAACUCCAAGGCUGAUGGGUCUGGGUAUGAUACCUCGGGUCGGGAUGGGAUUGAGAGAGUGUUGAAGCUUAUGGAGGAGCGUGCGCGCGAGAAGGGCUUUGGGAAUGAGGCUUGGGUUGGUGUGAUGGGGUUCUCGCAGGGGACGAGGAUUGCGAGUGGGUUGUUGUUGAAUCAGCAACGGUGGGAUGAGGUUGAAAAACAGGGGAAGGGGAAGAGGAGUGUUGGUAAGGACAUCAAGUUGAAGUUUGGGGUUAUGUGCAAUGGCGGUGGACGGCCGAUGGAGAGCGAGGUUGGAUUCAAGCUCGACGAGCCCGACAUGAUCGUCCGGAUACCGACCCUCCACGUGCACGGGCUCAGGGACGAGUUCUUGACGUAUGGGCGUGACCAGCUGCGGCAAUACUUCGAUCGAGAGAAAGCGAUAUUGUACGAGAUCAACUACCACCACGCGAUGCCAUGGGUUAAAGCCGAGUCGGAGGAGUUGGCGAGGCGCGUUACGGAGUUGUAUAAAGCGACAAAGGACUAG